CUUGUCAAGCUAUAAAAUUCAUUAAUUACAAAAAGAUUAUAAAAGACAGUAAGAGAGAAGAAGCAAAAACAUUGGCCCAUGUAAGUCUCGAACUUACAGUCUUCACAUAUUUAUUUCUACACUCUAACCAACUGAGCCAAAACAGAGAGAGUCAUGGAGCCUACACAGAAAAUAUAAUCAGAUACUUAGGGGAUUCAGAUGUGGACCAUUCGAGCCUAUUUAUAUUGGUAGGGAGAGUUAGAUAAGAUUGUGACAAAGGUAAGUGCUGCUUUCCCGAUCAUGAAAGCUAUGAGAGGACACGAGCCACGUUCGAGUUCCUCUUGUGCUGCCUGCAAGUUCUUGAAGAGAAGAUGUUCACCCAACUGUAUUUUCGCUCCAUAUUUUCGUUCCGACGAGCCAAAGAAAUUUGCUAAAGUCCACAAGGUUUUUGGUGCAAGCAACGUGAGCAAGAUCCUCAUUGAGGUUCCAGAAGAGCAACGAGAAGACACUGUGAAUUCUCUGGCUUACGAGGCUGAGGCAAGGCUCAGAGAUCCAGUUUAUGGUUGCAUUGGCGCCAUUGCAUUGUUGCAAAGAAAGAUGGUUGAGCUUCAGCAUGAUUUGGCCAUUGCCCGUGCUCGACUUGCUAGAUACUCUGCAAAUCCUUCUUCUUCUUCUUCUUAUAUUUCUGUCUUCAACAAUCAUAUGGCCAUGCCAAGUUUCAAUGACCUCCCUGGCUAUGGUGGAUUACUGUUUGAUGGUUAUGGCCAGAGCUAUUCCUUGGAAAUUAACAGAGAUGGGCAGAUGUAUGAUUUUAGCCAAACCCCUUAUGUAUAGUAUUGCUUCAUAUCUUUUUUUUCUCUAUGAUAGAAAUUUGAAAAGUUUAGUGUUUCAAUUAAUAAUGUAAUGGUAAAUUCAAAAGAGAACGGUUUAGUUCUGUCAAUAAUGUCAGAGGCAGAGAUAGAGAAACCCAUUUCACAAAACUCUUGAAUUUUUAGAAACCCAGCUCAAAACUUAAAAAGAUUAUUUCAAGGUAACCACAACCCAGAAAAUGGAAAAUUGAUUUGACCUACCAUUUUUUGCAUAUUGACAAUUCUACUAAGUACUCAAUACCCACAUAGCAGCACAAUUAUUACUCUUUCUUGAGUGGUACCAGUUUUUGUAGGCCAUUAUCAUUCUUUCCUUUUUAGAAAACUCCUGUCCGUUCUGGCAAGCACCACAUGCAGUUGUUGCUUCACAAAGUUCUUGUACACAUGAAUUUUAUGAUGGGUAGUUUUCUUCAUCAAAAUUAUUGAACAUGGACAGAACAGAUCUUCAUUUUCGGUCUGCAAGAUCUAACCGAAAAUCUUACCAAAUCAACUGCUGAAUACGGAAAAGCUCCCUCAUUCUUCAAGAGCUGAUGGCACAGUUGCUUGAAUUCCAGAUCUGCAAGAGCUCUUGCUACAGCUUCUCUGGGAUUGUUUUGGUUCAAAACAAAGAGGAUUGGCUAUAAUGUCACUAACCCCACAAGGCGCCACUAACUUUUAUAGUGCAUUCAGAAUCCAAAGAUACAAUGAUAAGGAAGAAAAAUUAACAGUGAUACCACUUAUCAUGAACUGUAACGUCUUUUCGAUAUAAUGAAUCUGACUGUAAAGGAGUAGAGAGAUUACAUAUUAUGAUGAUUCGGGUAUUAUUAAAAUCACUGUACUUCAAUCAAUAACCCUCCAUUCUGUGAAAGAAAAUGAUUGAUCAUUCCUCCCCAUCGCAAGGUUUCGACUCAUUUCGUUCAAUAAGAACUUACUGCUCCAAGUUGUCAAGACAUCAGAAUUCAGAUUGCU